GGGUCUUUCUAUAUCCUGGACGAAAGACUGCUCUGUAGAUCAUGCCUCCAAAAGGGAAAUCGAAGGCAGCUCCUAAGGGUGGGAAAGGUGCAGCUGGCGGUGAUAAUGCCGAUAAGAAAGAUAAAGGACCCAAAGGGGGUAAUGCAGUUAAGGUAAGACACAUCCUCUGUGAAAAGCACAGUAAAAUCAUGGAAGCCAUGGAGAAGUUGAAGUCCGGCAUGAAAUUUAAUGAAGUAGCUAGUCAAUACAGUGAAGACAAAGCUAGGCAAGGAGGUGAUCUGGGCUGGAUGACCAGAGGUUCAAUGGUGGGACCCUUCCAGGAAGCUGCUUUUGCCCUCUCCAACAGCACAACAGAUAAACCCAUAUACACAGACCCACCUGUAAAAACUAAAUUUGGUUACCAUAUAAUCAUGGUUGAAGGAAAAAAGUAAAAUAAAUUUAUCUUCAUUUCUCAGAAAAACUUUACCUGUUUAGACAAAUAUCAGUUUUAUUGGUUGUAAAAUGAAAUUGAAAAAAUACUCCCUUUGUAUAUCCUUUUCUUUAUGCAAUAAUUACAUUGGAGAACCAUUACUUUUUAUUAGAGAAAAUCCAAGUUGUGUUUUUUAAAUAUUCUGAUUUAAUAUGUCCAAAUAAACAAUUAAUUGUCA